AUGGCAGGGGAGCCGCGCAGCCCGCCGGUGAAGGUGCUGGCCGCCCAGCUGAGGCAGUGCCGGCGGGCCGCGGGCGGGCCCUGGCUGCUGGGACGGGAGGAGGCCGGGCAGGGCCCGCUGGCGGUGUCGGUGGUGUGGAUGCAGGGCACGGUGCUGGCGGUGGAGGCCGGGGGCGCCCGGGGCGGCUCGGCCCGGCUGCAGGACGAGAGCGGCCCCUUCACGGUGCUGGGGGUGGAGCGGGUCCCCAAAGGGCGGCCGUGCCUCAGCGCAGGAAAGUAUGUAAUGGUGAUGGGCUUGGUACACUCCUGCAGUCCAGAGCCUAUUCUUCAAGCUGUGAAGAUGACAGAUCUUUCUGAUAAUCCUAUACACAGGAGCAUGUGGAGCUUUGAAGUGGAGGAUUUGCACAGAAACAUUUCUUAG